AUGCUUCAAGUCUUCAAGACAAUUGUUGAAAUCGAUCAAGGAGACAAGGAUUGUGAUCGAUCCAACAAUCAAAACGAUCAAGUCAUGAACGCUUGUGAGGUCACGAUGCCGACUGCCAAGCCACGAUCGAAGAAACUUCUAGCUCCAUUUCAGAAGCCUUCUUCGCAAAUCUUGCUCAAGAUGUGGAACCGAACUUUCGGGAAAACCGAAACCGACGUGGAGUCAGGGUCAAGUGAACCGUUGUAUCCGACGAUGGUGGAGUCACCGGAUCUCCGGUGGUCUUUCAUCCGCAAGAUAUACUCGAUUGUCGCCAUACAACUACUCCUUACAGCCGUUGUUGGUGCUAUUGUCGUCUCUUAUCAUCCGAUCGUCACUUUCCUCACUACCACGAGAGGAGGAUUCGCUUGUUACAUUCUUAUCAUAAUUACUCCUUUCAUAACUCUGUGUCCUUUGUCUUGCUAUUAUCAGCGGCAUCCUGUGAAUUAUGUGCUGCUAGGGAUCUUCACCAUCGCCCUUGCUUUUGGUAUCGGCUUGUCAUGUGCUUUCACUAGCGGGAAGGUUAUUCUGGAAUCAGUGAUUCUAACAGCUGUGGUGGUUGUGAGUCUAACUUUAUUCACAUUUUGGGCGGCAAAGAGAGGAUCCGACUUCAAUUUCUUGGGUCCUUUCUUAUUUGGUGCUCUUAUGGUGCUUAUCGUAUUCUCCAUCAUUCAGAUAUUUUUCCCAAUGGGAAAGAUUGGAGUGAUGAUAUAUGCAGGUGUUUCUGCUAUAGUCUUUUGUGGUUACAUAGUAUAUGACACCGAUAAUUUGAUUAAACGAUACUCAUAUGAUGAAUAUAUCUGGGCUGCUGUGGCUUUGUACCUCGACAUCAUCAAUCUUUUCCUUUCCUUGCUUACUAUACUCAGAGCCGUUGAUAGAUAAAGUACAUACACAUUUGGUAUGAACUUGUUGAAAAAGACUUGCUUCAUUGUAAUAGGAGGAAUAGAAUAUUAUAAUAUAUAUAUAUAUAUAUAUAUUGUAGCCAAGGGCCCAAGGCCAAUGUAUGUUUGGUUUAUGAAAAUGUAUCG